AUGGCUGAGAUGAUCACAGAGCAAGGGGUGACACUGAGUACUAAUGAUGAAAUUGGGGAGGCAGCAGUUCAAUUUUACAAAGAUCAAUUUUCUGAAGAGAGAAGAGUAGAAGAGUAUUCAAUGCUGGAACAUAUUCCUAAGUGCAUAACCAAUGCAGAAAAUGAAGUAAUGACAAAGCUUUCUAAUCAAGAUGAAGUUAAAAAAGUGGUUUUCAAGCUUAAUGGAAGCAGUGCAUGUGGGCCAGAUGGCUUUAUUGGUCAUUUCUUUCAAAGCUGUUGGGAGAUAAUUGGAGAAGAUAUUACCAAGGUGGUGAGGGCUUUCUUUUGUGGCCAAAAGCUGCCUAAGUUUGUAACUCAUACAAACUUGGUGUUGUUACCCAAAAGGUAUCAGCAAAGCUUUGUUAAAGGAAGGAACAUUACAGAGAAUAUCUUAUUGGCGCAGGAAAUAAUCAGAGACAUUAACAGGAGGAACAAAAAUAUUAAUGUGGUUGUCAAGUUGGAUAUGGCCAAAGCAUAUGGCAGAGUUUCUGGGAUCUUUCUAACGAAAGUUCUGAGAAAAUUUGGCUUUGCAAAGGCAAUCAUUGAUAUGAUAUGGAGAAUCAUGUCCAACAAUUGGUACUCAGUAUUAAUAAAUGGCAAAGCACAUGGAUUUUUCCAGUCCUCUCGAGGACUGAAGUAG